GAGUCCCGGGCGUGCAUUGUGUGUAUGCAAACCACCGCUCGGCUCCUGGGGCGGCUCUAGCUGGGACCUGGCUGCCGCUGCUGCUGGCGCUGCGGAGUAGGCUCCCACCUCGGAUGCGGUCGCCUGAGCCAGAGCCGAGCGCUGUCAUGCUCCUGCCGCGGGGCGGGCUGCAGCGUCGCCCCGUCGCUAUAUAAGCGCGAGGAGAGGGGGCACCCGGAGGGGCUGAAAAUGAAGGUGCCCGCGCAUGGGCCGCCGCUGAUUGCCAACCCCUCCGGAGCUCGCUCCCGGCGCGGAGCCCGAGGCAGCCGAGGACCCGCCUUAGCCGCAGUAGCAGCUGGUUCAGCGACGCGGACGGCGGCGGCGGUGGCGGUGGCGCCCCUCGCGCCAGCGCGUAGAGCAGAGGCGGCGACUCCGGGGCCGCCGCUGGCCCCGCUGCCAUGAGUUGUGCGGAGGUGAUGUAUCACCCCCAGCCGUAUGGAGCGCCCCAGUAUCUGCCCAACCCUGUGGCAGCUGCAACCUGCCCUACAGCCUGCUAUCAUCCGGCUCCCCAACCUGGCCAGCAGAAGAAGUUAGCGGUAUACAGCAAGAUGCAGGACUCUCUGGAAGUCACGCUUCCCAGCAAACAAGAGGAGGAUGAGGAGGAGGAGGAUGAGGAGGAGGAGGAGGAGAAAGACCAGCCUGCCGAGAUGGAGUACCUUAACUCUCGCUGUGUCCUUUUCACUUAUUUCCAGGGAGACAUUGGGUCAGUAGUGGAUGAACACUUCUCAAGAGCUUUGGGCCAAGCCAACACCUUGCAUCCCGAAUCUGCCAUUUCAAAAAGCAAGAUGGGGCUAACCCCCCUAUGGCGAGACAGCUCAGGUCUUUCAAGCCAGCGGAGUAAUUUUCCAACUUCCUUCUGGACCAGCUCUUACCAGCCCCCACCUGCACCCUGUUUGGGGGGAGUUCAUCCUGACUUCCAAGUCACUGCACCCCAUGGCACCUUUACAACAGCAGAUCCCAACUCUUGGCCAGGUCAUGGUCUGCAUCAGACUGGCCCUGCCCCACCCCCUUCUGCGUCUGAGUCUUGGCACUAUCCUCUGGCAUCUCAGGUGAGCCCGUCCUACAGUCACAUGCAUGACAUGUACAUGCGGCAUCACCAUCCUCAUGCUCACAUGCAUCACCGCCACCACCACCACCACCCAACUGCUGGCUCUGCCCUGGAUCCCGCGUAUGGGCACCUGCUAAUGCCAUCAGUGCGUGCCGCCAGGAUUCCUGCUCCCCAGUGCGACAUCACAAAAACAGAUCUGACUACAGUCACCACUGCUACCUCAGCAUGGGCAGGAGCCUUUCAUGGGACAGUGGACAUCGUGCCAAGUGUGAGCUUCGAUACAGGUCUUCAGCAUCAGGACAAGAACAAAGAAUCAACUUGGUACUGAAGCAUGGUAUCAGCAGGUCAUAUGGCAGCAUGAAUCCAAAGGCCCACUGGGAAAAAGAUGUCAUCUGGGAUAUCCCAUCCAGGAAUGGGACACAGGAAACAUGGACUGAGAAGAGGACAUAUAAGGCCAUUGUCUUUAGAUUUGAACCUUUUCUGGAGAAAACAUAGUGGGCCCUCCUAGUCAUUGAAGAAGAGCAUUUGAUUUGUUUUCCCUCAUCUGAGCCUUUGUCAACUGUGCAACGUCUUGUUUUGCUUGCCUUGUACCAGUACCUGGACUAGUUUUAUUGUGCUUUUUCUUUUUGCUUUUUUUUUCUUUUGCCAGCCACCUUGUAAAAAGAUGAUCUACCAAAUUAAAAUGCUCAUUUCUUCAGGAAAACCAUUAACUCCAUCUUCAUCUAUUUUUGUAGAAAUACAAAAUGGUUGGCUUAGCAUGGAGGGGAUAUUUUGAAAAUGUAAUGUUUUGUUUUUUAGUGUUGUAACAAUUGUUGAGUUCUGUUUAAAGAACUUGCUCUCAGAAAAGCACUGGCAAAAAUGUUUAAGCGCUGAUCUUUAAAGUGUCUGCAAAGCGCUGUGACUGUGCUUCAGAGGGUACCUCAAGGCUUUAAUCUUUUCUACAACAGUGACACUAUCGUAGACAAAUCCUGAAACGUUGUGUUUAUGUUGAAACUCAGUGAAGAUUUAAUUCAAUGAUAGCUCUCUUAGUUUGCAGUCAUAUAUGUCUAUGCAGCUUGAAGGGGGCAUUUUCUUUUAAAAGGACAUAAAGUAAAGGGUAUUUCUCCCAAAUAGUUCUUGGAGGUUGACUAAAAAUACUUCUCUGUGUAGUCCAGUCUAUCAUAACAAUUAGGAAUAGAGCAAACACAUGGUUUCAGAAUAGGAAAAACCAAUGCAUUUAGCCAUGAUAACUAUGGAUCCCACUGACAAAUUUUCCUAAUUUUUAACCAUUCAUUCAUGGCUGUUUCAAAAGUCAUAAUUUGGACGAAUUUGUUUUCUGGAGUGAAUGCAAAUGAGUAAUGUCAGGGUCAAAGUGCUGACUGUCCUUCAUCUUUGUAAACUGAAAAGUAAUGUAUUCUUUAUGUAAUGUUUUAAUUUGAUCAUUUUGCAAGAUUUUCAUUUGCUUUUAAGUGUAAUUAGUUUCUCAAAAAUUAGUGCAAAAUAAAAUGGUUAUGAAUUUAAGUUUAUGCUUCAAUUACACAAACAAGUUAAAGACUGAAAGAAUGAGAGGGGAACUUCACAUGGACCACAAGAUACAGAAAAAGUGAAGUUGAAAUUUACUUUAAGAGAAGAUUAGACAAACGUUAGGAUUAUGAAGGUAGCAAUGACUGCCAAAUCAAAGACACAGCCUAGUUUUUCCUUUCAGUUGCUCCCAGCCAUAGAGGACCUUAGUAUAGUAUAGAUGCUUUUAUUUGAUAAUGUUUCUCCAUUUCUCUCAUUCCUCUCAGCCCACACAAAACAGAAGGUUAAGUCACGUGCUAUGUUCUGUUUUUAAUUGUGAACGUCAUGGGUGUGAAUACUUUACACAUUAACAACACAACAAGCAGCUACACAGAAUUCUCACAACUCAUUUCCAAACAUUUCUCUUGGCUGUAUCUUAGACAUUUGUUUCUCCUCCUGCUGUGUUUUGAAUUAUAAAUCCACUUCAUCUCUUGUAUCUCCAGACUACAUCAUUUCUUCAUCUUGAUUUUUCUUGAACACAGCCUUCACAUUUUUUUAUCAAUAUAGUCUAGAUUUAAGGUAGCUUCCACUAACCAAUUUAGGAACUUUAGCAUCUAGAUAAUGGGCCUCCUUAAAUUCUGUGCAUGUCUCUCUGGAUUUUGAUAACAAUUUGUAUUUGUUAUCUGUAUCUGCAUAAAUAUGUGAACCAUAGAGUUGAAUGAGUCUAUCAAAUUCAUGUUGUAUUGAAUCCUUCUGAGUUAUGAGAACUGAGCACUCAGCAAAUCCCAUGAGGGAGACUCUGUAGCUGUUAUCACAUCCUCCCUUGGGAUAUAUUAACUUACAUUGCAGUGUCUCUUAGAAUGGUGCCACACUUGAAAUCACUGAACUCGCUCCAUUGAAUUUUCUCAGAUAAGAGGAGGGUAGGAGGACUAACUUUGUUUCUUUUCUUCUUUAUCAUCUUUCUGGAUUGGAAAAGAAAGUAAAUAAUUUAGUGAUUUUGCCCUGAUGUCCUCAUAACUAUGGCCAAAACAUGAUUUGGUUCAAGACCAAAGGAAAGUGAAGAAUCUGAAUUUUAUUGCCUGCAACAAAGGUGUGAUACCCUGCUUUGAGAACAGGCAUAGGUAUCAGUGGGAUAUUGUUACCAAAAGAAUAGACCAAAAUCUAGUAAAAGAAGAGGGAACAAGUCUCUCUAAUUCUCUAGCAUCCUUCAGUGUUUUGACAUUACUGUAACAAGCAGAAAUAAUAAAGGAAGCUGUACCAUAUCAAAAUAAAUAAUCUGAAUUUA